ACGACUUGUACGCUCUUAAACAUGAGAGCUGAGAUGUCAUAAGUCAUGUGUCAUGAUAAUUGUAUAAACAGGUGUAUUGAGUUCGCUUGCAGGAGGUGUUAUACUAAGAAUUGCUCAUGGGCUCAAUCAAUUUUGCCAUCGACAACUCUCGAAGUGCGUGUCUGUCACUGUAGACUCUACAGUGUAGAGCCUCUUCUGUAUGUGCCCCUUCUAACCAGUCGUCGUCGAAUUUUCAUUUUUUAUAGAAUUUUGGUCACCCGUCAGCUGUAACCAAAAACUGACGCAGUACACAAAAAUUGGACAGUUAAAUAAGACUGACCGAAGCAGUAAUUAGAAAUAAUUAUUGCAGGUACUGUAAUGAAUGGCUAAUUAUUUGUUUCCGCUUAAAUAAUGCUUCUCUAGCGUUUCGUACAUGUUGAGUCAUAAUUAUGUACUUGCAUUCGUUUGUUUUAGGUAAUUACAUUGUAGUCGUCAAUGAAGCCUAUAAAAUACUUCUACUCGUAAUUAGCUCUAAUUUUCAUUUUAACCUGGCAGAAAUAAUUAGCACUUUCAAUUGCCGACGAGAAAUGUUGCACCAGGUAUAAUCAAAACAAGGAUUACACCAAGUUACAUAAUCUCGGGAAAUAUUAUACUAUGAAGUGAAGCGUCAUGGGCAUCCUAACGGUGGCCUCAACGGCCGCGACGUCCGCUCUCACCAUCGGCGGCAUCAGCAAGCUGACCUUCAUUCCCGCCAUGCUCGCCGCCAUGGCGUACUUCAACUACGAGCUCCUGGACCCCGAGAGCCGGCCUUUCAACCAGAAGUACUUGAGAGAACAGUACGACUUUGUCAUCGUCGGCGGCGGCUCCGCUGGGGCUGUGAUGGCCAACAGGCUGUCUGAGAUCGAGGGGUGGAAUGUAUUGUUGCUGGAGGCUGGGGGUCAUGAGACUGAUAUAAGCGAUGUGCCGUUACUGUCGUUGUAUUUGCAUAAGAGUAAAUUGGAUUGGAAGUAUAGAACACAACCCCAGGAUUCAGCAUGUCAAGCCAUGAUCGACAAGCGCUGCUGCUGGACGAAGGGGAAGGUGCUCGGAGGGUCCUCUGUCCUCAACACCAUGCUGUAUAUAAGAGGGAAUCGACGGGACUUCGACCAGUGGGAGUCUUUCGGCAACCCGGGCUGGGGAUACGAUGACGUACUGCCGUAUUUUAAGAAGUCUGAAGACCAAAGGAAUCCUUACUUAGCGAGAGACACUAAGUAUCAUAGUACAGGUGGUUACCUCACUGUUCAAGAUGCUCCUUAUAAUACUCCUCUCGGAGCUGCUUUUCUGCAAGCUGGUGAAGAGAUGGGAUACGACAUCGUAGAUGUGAAUGGUGCGCAGCAGGUCGGCUACGCGUGGUAUCAGUUCACCAUGAGACGAGGAACCCGGUGUUCCACCGCUAAAGCCUUCCUUAGACCUGUCAGACUCAGACAGAAUUUACACAUUGCUCUCUUCUCUCACGCCACAAAAGUGCUAAUCGACGAAGAAAGCAAGAGAGCAUUCGGUGUUGAAUUCAUAAGGGACGGACAAAAACAAGUUGUAUAUGCCAAACGGGAAGUAAUACUAUCAGCCGGGGCUAUUGGAUCCCCACAACUUCUCAUGCUUUCUGGCGUAGGUCCUGCGAAAAACCUGCAAGAAGUUGGCGUAGACCUUAUCAAAGAUUCUCCUGGAGUCGGGAAAAACUUGCAGGAUCACAUCGCAAUUGGCGGCCUUGUUUUUAAAGUGGAUUACCCUAUAAGCUUAGUCAUGAACAGGCUUGUAAAUAUAAAUGCCGCUUUACGUUAUGCCGUGACGGAGGAUGGGCCGCUAACGUCAAGUGUUGGGUUAGAAGUAGUUGCUUUCAUAAAUACAAAAUAUGCUAAUGGCACUGACGAUUGGCCCGAUAUAGAAUUCAUGAUGACGUCAGCUUCUACGCCUUCCGAUGGAGGGACUCAAGUUAAAAAAGCCCACGGACUCACGGAUGAAUUUUACAAUGAAGUAUUUGGCGAAAUCAAUAAUAAGGACGUUUUUGGUAUAUUUCCGAUGAUGCUUCGUCCAAAAAGCAGAGGUUACAUUAAAUUAAAAUCCAGGAAUCCCCUAGAUUAUCCCUUAAUGUACCACAAUUACUUAACGCAUCCUGACGACGUUGGAGUUCUGCGGGAAGGAGUGAAAGCAGCCGUGGCGGUCGCCGAGACUAAAGCCAUGAAGCGCUUCGGAGCCAGGUUCCACGACAAGCCUCUUCCAAACUGCAAGCACCUCCCGCUGUACACCGACGAGUACUGGGACUGCCUGAUUCGGCAGUAUACAAUGACCAUAUACCAUCUCUCCGGGACAGCGAAAAUGGGACCAUCAAGCGACCCAAUGGCUGUCGUAGAUCCUGAACUAAGAGUAUAUGGGAUUAAAGGAUUAAGAGUCAUCGACGCUAGCAUAAUGCCUACUGUUACAAAUGGAAAUAUUAACGCACCCACUAUUAUGAUAGCAGAAAAAGGUGCGGAUCUUAUAAAGGCAAGCUGGAAGGCUGUAUCGCACAAACGGGGACGGAGGUCCCUAAAGUGUACUAGAUUAGAACAGUUAGGAAUAAUGAGUAGAAAUAACAGCCCUCUCUGUAGAAUAGAGAGAUGACGAUAAAAUACCCUAUAGGUAGGUGUUAAUUUAGGCCAUAAUAAUUUUAACGAAUACCAAAAGUACAUGAGAAAGUAUUAGUAGGUUGGGCGACAAUAUUUCUAGUCUAGAAACUGAUACUUAAAUGUGAAAGAAGCCAAAAUGAAAGCAUAAAAUUAACAUUUAGUUAAGAUAUUCUAUAAGUGUGUAAAUAAAUGUUUAGUUAUAUUAUACCUGAAAGAUUUCUUUCAAAUAAGUCCCAUAUGUCAUAAUCUCAA